AUGUUUAAUGUUUACAAUGUUCUUGUACGGGAAGACGAAGAAAAAGAGAAGUAUAAUAUCGGAAAUUUGAUUCAGUUUGACAAGAAAGUCGUCAAGAAUGGCGUAAGAGUUGAGCCAUUUAAAUUUUGGUUUGGUGAGCAAAAUCAAUUUGCUGUUUAUAUUAAUAAUAUUGUAUUCUUUAAAAUUACUUGUUGAUUAUUAAAUAGCCUUUAUAAAACUAGACGUUACUGUCGCAAAGAAAGUGCUGCCUCACUCCAGGAAUCAAAGGCAUGGACGAAAUUAACCGCAUGCGAAUUUUCACAUGACAGCUCUUUGUUUUUAUUGUAGACUGUGCAAGUUCGGUAGUAUGGAAACCACAGUUGAGGGCUCCCGUGUUAUCCGAAGGUACGAUAUCUCCCAACCUCGAGGGAGUGAUCACACCCAAUGAAAGAAACACCAAUCUUGAUCAGAAAAUAAGAAAUCAAUCAUCAAGCAUUUUAGAAAAGACUGAGAAAGAUAUACCAAGCAUAUCACCACUUUUGAAAAAGUAUCUGAAGAAAGAUACCCUUAAUUAUUAUGAUGCAAAACCUUCAUCAACCAAAGUUAAGGUACAAACUUAUUUUUACCCACUUAUUUUUUUACUUGUCUAACACCAGGCGAUUUUACUCGUCAAUGGGGAAGUUUCUGCGGCUUAAUGGGUUAACCAAAAAAUCUGACAAUGUUUCUAGUGAACCUAUUGAGCUGCAAUGCACCCCAGUGCGCCCUACUUAUUUUUUUUACUUGUCUAACGCCAGACGAUUAUUUCAUGUUAAUGGGUUAACAUGAAAUAAUAUUUUAGAUAAUUUUGUUCCAAUGUUUCCAACAUUGAGCGGCAUUAUUAUAUUUGAAUCCAAUUCUAUAUUUCUCUUCUUUAUGUGAAAAGUUAAUUUUAACCUGCUUUUUAACUUUUUUUAGUGGCACUCGUCAUGUACCAAUGCAAGGAAGAUGUUGAGAAAGGGUACUAACCCUAACCUUAGUGAAAAAGAACCACGUAUGGUUAAAAAGUUGAAAGAAAGGGCAAGUUGCUUUGUUAAUUCAAACUGUCGUGGGAAGUGGGUUAUCCUUGAAUCGUCCCUGAUAAAUGGUGAGCUCUUUUCGGUAAUAUGAUACAUUUUAAGUUUAACCCAUUAAGCUGCAGGUUUCCCCAUUGACAAGUAAAAUCGUCUGGCGUUAGACAAGUAAAAAAAAAACUAGAGCACACUGGGGCGCAUUGCGGCUGAAUGGGUUAACUAGAGAAAUUGUCAGAUUUUUUGGUUAACCCAUUAAGCUGCAGAGCUUCCCCAUUGACGAGUAAAAUCGUCUGGUGUUAUAUAGACAAGUAAAAAAAAAGUAGGGCGCACUGGGACGCAUUGCAGCUCAAUGGGUUAAAGAUGGACAGAAACCUUAACAGAUUUUACAAUCCAAUUCUUAUAGGCCUUUGAGGGUUAAAUUAAUGCCUAAGAGUUGUGUUAGUUUCAUAGACAGAUUUGAAGACACACCGAUUGCAUCAACUGACCAACUGAUUUCUAUUUUCAAUCUUGAAUUUAAUCCAGGUUGUAAUUUGGAAGAUCUUUGGACAAAACUUUCAGAUAAAUUGCGUCAAGGUUUAUUUCAAAAUUGCAACAUAACAUUUCAGGUAAAUAUCUGCAUUUGACAACUGAUGCAUUGAGCAAAAUUGUCUGGCAUUAGACAGAGUAAAAUAAUAAAUGCAAUCCCAAUGUGCUCUACUUUAUUAUUUCACUCUGUCUAACUCCAGAUGAUUUUACUUGUCAAGGGCAGAGUGCUGCCACUCAAUGGGUUAAUGGGUUACUUUUUCUUUGUCUAGACUGAUCCUGAUCGUAUUUUGAUCUACACAAACUUUCUUUCUAGCACAUUGGUAAGAAUUUGGUAUAGUAGCUAACAGUCUUGUGACAUGAUUGCAUACACUUUACAUAAUAUGUGAUUGUCUCCAUUUUUCAUCACUUUUGAAAAGACUAAAUUUUUUACGUGAAUGCAUUUUGUGAAAGGGUACAUAGGUGGCCCUCUUUUUUACUGGGAGCUUUGAAGUUUCUGUCACCGGCAAUGUGCCAUAUAGCCCCCAUUGUACCCUCAACAUCCCUAAAACAUCCCUUAAUUUAUUCUAUGUUAGGUUCCAAAAGUAUUUACUUCAAUUAGAGAAAUGGUCGGCAAAAUGAGCUAUGUUGUUUAUCCGUAUGGCCAAGUUUUGUGUUGGAAUGGUGGCGAUGUUAUAAUCAUGUAAAUAUUGUUGGUAUUCGUUUGUUAUUCUGUUUGGUUUCAGUUCUGUUUUCUUGGUGUUAUUCAUCUGUGGUACAUAG